AUUAUAUUAUAUAUAAUUCAUAUUUUUAAAUAUUUAACCAGAAUUAACAACAUGCAUUGGACAGCUAUUUCAUUAUUUUUGUUGGCCAGUGUGACUGCUGCAUUUGGGAAAACGAAGCUGCCAACUGGAAUGUCACAGCAUCAAUAUUGCCAUGGCUGCAUUGCUGUAGUCAAAGAGUUACAAAAGAUGGUCUCUAAACGCCACCUAACUGCAGGAAAUCGUGAAUCAAAAAUAAUGGAGAUGAUCGAAAAAAUCUGUAUGCCACAGAACUUUGUUGAGUAUGAUUAUUCACCACCGAAAUCUCAAAGAGCUUGCGAAUUACUGUUAGAACAUCAUGAAGAAGAGCUCGAGAAUGCUUUUGUAAAGGAUAAACCAGAUAUUGAAAAACUGAUGUGCCACCAAAUCAGUAAAGCAUGUGAAGGUGUUGAUCUUACCAGCAAAGGCAAGAAAGGCAAGUUUGCAGACAUUGAUCUCAGUUCGCAAGAUGGAAAAGACACUGUGUCCAAAACUGUGAACAUUGACCCAAGUUCUGGCAGUAGAGUGACUGUUGAAGAUGAAACUACAAAGAAUGAAGGUAAAACUAUAUCGAAAAAACAGAAAACGAAAAAAAGCAGUAAAAAGAGUGAAAAGAAGAAACCGAACGAGAAGAAAAGUGGUGGUAAAGCAAAGGGUGGUAUUCACCACAUGAACGUCGAUAUAAACGAUCCAUCCUCUAUGGAGAAGAUCAUGGACCAGAUUAAAGACAUCACAGAUAAGAAAAAAGAAGAGCUUUAAAACACUGCGAUGGAGAGAAAAAACGAAAUUUUUAUAUAAAUUUGAAAUUUUUAGCAUGUUAACAUGAUUACUUACGCAUUGACUAAAGUAAAGUUUAGCUACUUUUAAUUUUAAUUUGACACCAGACAGAGGAAACUUAUCCACUUAUUUUCUAUAAGAAACCUUACAAGAGGGAUUUCACUGCCAUUUUUUGUUUCUGCUCCCAAAUCCAGUUUCAUACGCUUAUGGUGUGAAUGUAUUUCUUUGCGAUGCCUUUUAAAAGCAAAAAUGUAAAAUGUUUUUUUCAGUAUGUGAGGACAAAAAAUCAUAUUGUCGAUACCUUUAGCCAAACUUGAUCUAUUUAACCUUUUUACCUAGAUCUAAAUAUUUUUAGGGUUUUUUUUUUAGAUUUUUGGUUUUUAUGAUAUAAGUAAUAUGGAUUUAAAAUAUAUUAAAAAUAAUUGUAGUAAUAUAAUAGAUGAAAUAAAAAUUUAAGCAAUCUGAAAGAAAUAAAAUUAUAUGUAUUUGAUUUUGUUGGAAUAGUUAUACAUACUCUUUUAAAA